GAGACGGCAAACAAGCAGAGGAGAGGGAGAGGCAGCAAAACAUGUCGUCCGUUCAAUCCUCUCUCGCUUUUUCGAUUUCUUCCUUCCUUUUUCACGGCGGCGAAGAUUAAUUUGGAGUUUGCAGAUGGCUGUCUCAUUGGUAUCUCAUUCUCCGCUGCUGACCAACCCUAUGAAUGCCUCAUUCACCACGUGUCGGUCCAUCUCCUUCACUUCUCCUAAUUAUUAUUAUAAAUCUCUUUCCACUCUCUGUAUCUGUAAGAAGCGGCUCCAUCAUCUCAGUUUCCCCUUCCCCACCACCACCACAGCAAGAAGAAGAAGUAGGAGAUUAACUUUAGCUAGACAAAUUGUUGAUUAUGAUGGUGAUUAUAGUAAUACCAGUAACUGGGAAUUGGAGCUUGUUGAGGAGCUUGACCCUUUGCCUUCCCAGUCUCCCAAGAAGAAGAAGAUGGAGACGAAGAUGAAGGGGCACUCUCCCCUACUCCAUGACACCGACGCCAUGGAUUGGUGCGUCCGAGCCCGGAAGAUUGCCCUUAAGUCCAUUCAAUCUAGAGGCUUAGAACAGUAUUUGAUUUCCUCCACCAACAAAACCAACAAGAGAAAGAAAAACAAGAAACACGAACACAAAAACAAGCAGCUCCAACAACAAGAUGAGUUCUCCAAAGAAGAAGAAGAAGAAGAAGAAGAGGAGGCGUUUGACGGCAGCCGUGUGAGCAUGUUUGCUGGAGGCAUGUUCGAACAAAAGAAAGAGAAGACCAUGGAGGAGCUGGUUCACAAGCUUUCGCAAUUCCAACUCUCCGGUGCCGCGGGGCCCACAAAUCGCAGAGAAGAGAUCAACCUCAACAAAGCAAUCAUAGAAGCACAGACUCCUGAACAAGUUCUGGAGCUCGUUUCGCACACCAUGAUGGCCGUAGGGAAAGGCUUGAGCCCCUCACCGCUCACUCCCUUGAACAUUGCCACUGCCCUUCAUAGGAUUGCUAAAAACAUGGACAAACUCUCCUUGUUCGAAACUCAUAGGUUGGCCUUCGCCCGCCAAAGAGACAUGUCCAUGCUCGUGGGCCUAGCAAUGACCCUCUUGCCUGAAUGCUCACCUCAAGGCCUUUCCAAUAUCUCCUGGGCUUUGUCCAAGAUUGGGGGCCACCUUCUUUACUUGUCCGAAAUGGAGAGAGUUGCCGAGGUUGCCUUGACCAAAGUCGGGGACUUCAAUUCCCAGAAUGUGGCUAAUGUUGCAGGGGCUUUUGCUUCCAUGAAGCAUUCUGCUCCCGCUCUCUUUUCCCAUUUGUCAAAAAGGGCAUCGGAGAUUGUUCACACUUUUCGAGAGCAGGAGCUUGCCCAGUUGUUGUGGGCAUUUGCUUCUUUGUUUGAGCCUGCUGAGCCUUUGUUGGGGUCUCUAGACAGCGUGUUCAAUGAUGCUAGCCAGUUCAAAUGCUGCCUUCUAAGCGAAGACAGAUUUAACUUGAGUAAGGAAGAAGAAAUUGGCGAGGACAACAAUGGAAUAUUAUUUCAUAGGAGUGGCGACGUUUCGGGCUCUCAUCCUGUGCUCAGAUUCACGAGGGAUCAGCUUGGAAGUAUAGCUUGGUCUUAUGCUGUUUUCAGUGAAUUGGACCGGAGUUUCUUUUCCUUUGUAUGGAAGACUCUAACAACCCAGUUUGAGGACCAAAGGAUCUCGGAGCAGCAUAGAGAGGAUAUAAUGUUUGCUUCUCAGAUUCAACUCGUAAACCAAUGCUUGAAGCUUGAAUACCCACAUCUUCAGUUGUCUUUGGGGAGGGAUCUUGAGGAGAAAAUUGCCCGUGCUGGGAAAACUAAGAGGUUCAAUCAGAAAAUUACUUCAUCUUUUCAGAAGGAGGUUGCUCGUCUUCUUAUUAGCACUGGCCUAGAAUGGGAAAGAGAAUAUAUCAUGGACGGCUACACUCUGGAUGCCGUUUUGGUUGAUAAGAAGGUGGCUUUGGAGAUCGAUGGUCCAACGCAUUUCUCCAGGAAUACUUUGGCGCCUUUGGGGCAUACAGUGGUGAAACGGCGUUACAUAUCUGCAGCCGGUUGGAAACUUGUGUCAUUGUCACAUCAGGAGUGGGAAGAACUCGAAGGUGGGUUCGAGCAGCUAGAGUAUCUAAGAAGAAUUCUGAAAGAUCACUUGGAUGAUUACAAGUAACGGCUAAUAUUACCAACAUCUACGUCACAUUACAAAGGAGAUUAAAAGGAUUCUCAGAGGGUAGGGUCGGGAGGGACUUGGGAUGCUAACAAGUUUGAAAUCACUGACGCAACGCUUUCGCAUCAGAUGAUAUGCACCCUCUGAAUCUGUUGGAUUGUGUUUGGUUACAUGACAUGACAUGACAUGACAUGUUGUAGCCUAGCAUACGAGGAAAUGAACCCCCAGCAGCAGCAGCAUAUGGUGUUUCUGCUUGUAGAUGGUCGGGAUGUGUAUUUUGUUAGCUCUCUUUUCAAAAAAGAUCAAUUACACCGUUUACUUUGGGAAAAAUAUGUAAUACUAGUUUGUUUUUUUUUUUUUUGGUUUUUUAGUUCAUUCAUGUAAUGUAAUGUAAUAUCAAAUAUGCAGUUGUUCUUUGUCUCACUUUUUUCAUUCCCAGCAAGUAGUAACUAACUAGUAGUAAGUUUUUCAAGGAAAUUUCAGAUGGGGACUGUAGUUUCCUUCGUCUGCAGUACAAAAAGCCAAUUUAAGUUGUAGUUGCAGAAGGGAAGAUUUCAAUUUCAAUAAAAGCUCUCAUCCCAUAUUAUAGAUAGAU